AUCGGCAAUUGGACUUUUUGGCCAGUUGAUUUAGUCACGGCGCUUGGCAGUAUAUUUUUGGCCACUCUUAUGCAAAAUCUUUUGAUCGCGCUAGACGAAACAGCUCUUGGGAAAAGAGCGGUCAUACAAAUGCGUGCACAUCUUAUAAUAAAUUAUCCUGAUGCAUUUUCGCAAAUUAGAGACGUAUACUACUCUAUUCCAGGUGAAGAAGUAAAAAAACUAAGAAAGAAAAUCCUAGAAGAAAAAAACGACGCGCCUUAUGAGGAAAAAACAGAAGAACAGCUAGGCCACAUUGAAGCUAUAGAGGUAAAAACAGAAAAACAACUAGGCCACAUUGAAGCGAUGGAGAAAAAAACAGAAAAACAGCUAGGCCACAUUGAAAAUAUGGAGAAAAAAACAGAAGAACAGCUAAAAGAUCUUGAAGAAAUAGAGAAAAAUACAGACAAACAUCUAACAGAAGCGUAUAAGAAAUUAGAAGGUCGUAUUGAGGGAUUAGAAACAACUCUUAGUGAAAUUUUUACUUUUUUAAAAAAUUCUGAAGCUAAUAAAUAA